CAAUCAGCCGUCUGCGGUCUCUGCAGCUCCUCUAAAUAGAGAUGUUAGAGUGCUGCGAUGUUCAGUCCUCAGCAGACAUCCACAGCCAUGGAGCUUCUUCCUCUCCUGUAUCUCCUCCUGAGCUGCUCUGCAGGAACGUCUGCUGAUCAGAACGGUCCAGUGAUCGUGAAAGAAGAAAGUGAUGCUAUUUUACCCUGUUCCCUCAGCACCAAGAAGGACAUUGAGUCAGAGCUCUUUGACUGGAAGAAGAAAGGGCAGAAAAAUAAAGAUGUGUUCUUGUACAAUGACAAAGCCUUUUAUGGUCAUGGCCUUUCAGGUCAAGAUGAGCAGUUCAAAGGUCGCGUCUCACAUUUUCCAGAUGAGCUAAAGUACGGCAACGCCUCCAUCAUCAUAAAUACGAAGGCGUCUGACAGUGGAAACUACACCUGUGUUUUUCCAGAUCUUCAGCAAAGUCCAGUCCUCAUUGAGCUUGUUGUUGGAGCAUCGCCAGAACCAUAUGUCACAACGCUUGAUGAAACGAAGGACUGGGAGCUGCUGCAGUGUGUUGUUCGAGGUGCUUUCCCAAAACCUACAGUAGAGUGGCAGGACAGUGCUGGAAACAAACUUCAUGCUGAUGAGCCACAGGUCUCAGAAAGAGGAGGCCGCUUCUACAUCACCCUCAACACUACUGUAACCAAGACCGACCGGUAUCGCUGUGUAGCCACACAGGAGAAAAUCAAACAUCAGAUUGAUGCUGAGAUUUAUGUGCUUAUCAAUGGGUCUUCCAAAGAGUCCUCCACUGGAUGGAUAGUUGCUGCAGUUCUUGCUGUUGUUGUUGUUGUUGUAGUUGUUGUAGCUGUGCUUUACAUGCAUCACAUCAGAUCAGGUUCAGGUUCAACUUCAGGGACAAUAUGAUCCUGGCGGGCAUCUACUGGAUUCAAAAGCUUAACUAGCUGUAUGUGCAGUGCUGUUGGCUGCAACUGUGCAUUUCUAUUUCUGUUUUGUGAGUCCUAGUUUGAGUUUUAGACUGUAUGACGUUGAGGAGAUUUUGACUUGGUUAGGAUUAGGGUUGUGGUUGGGCACAUAGUUGUGAUGGUGGCAAGAUGAAAGUGAGGUUGAGGUGCUGAAUGUGCAUGAAGCUAAUUCUGCUUUCAUACGGAAGCAUGGACAGAAACAUGAGUUCACUGAACUAAAGCUGUUAUGCUGUAAAUAUAAAUAUUUUGUAGCUAAAGUGAAAUAUGUGAGGUGACUUUUUAUUUUUAUAUUUGUGUUAUUGACAUUAUUUGGUUCAGGCCUGUAUUGCUUUUUUAAUUUCUUAAGGUGCAAAGCCAGAGUCUGUCAGGUACAGGUACACAUUGAACUUUACACUUAGUGUCCACAUUUAGCUAAAACUAAUGCAGUCUAACAGUCCUACCAUAAAUUCCCUUUAUUUGAGUUCAUGCUGCUGACUGUGAUAUUUGAGUUCUCUGAAAGUUCAUGUAUGUUGAUGUUGAACUGAUGAUGAACUUGUAUCGUGUCAUUUCCUGCAGAGCUGAAUCAUUUCUGUCCAAACGUUUGAAUAAAACAUGAAAAAUGUCAAACUGUA